AUGCAGUGCCUGCGACGCCGUCCUAGCGCCGGGCGGCGCCUAUUCUCGACCGCUCCUUUACCAACACCCGGCACGCUGCCGACGUCCAGCGCCGCGUCCGCCUCGCUGCCCAGCGUCGACGCCUCCGUGCUCACCGACGCCGACAUUUCGCGCUUCAAUCAGGAGAGUGGCACAGCCGCACUGUCACCUGGCGUGACCGGCUCCAAUGCGAUGCGCGAAGGCGCCGAGGCGAACCUCUCCGACCCAGGCCCGUCGCUCUGUGGCCCGCUCUGCGACGAGCACGCCGCCGCCGCCGGCACCGGAGGACGCUUCCACGACGACCAGUUCCUCUGGCACCGCCACGCCAUCUUUGCAGACUUUGUGCUCCGCGCGGGCGCGGGCGCCAUCGCCGCACGUGCAAUGGGGUCGCGGACGGCGCAGUCAGAAGCUCGGCCAGUCGUUGGUGAGAGGCCGUCUCGUCACGGCUGCUGCAGCCCUGUGGACAGGCAAAAUGCGCUCGAGGCGCACAUCCUCUACGACCAGCUCUUCGUCAAGGAGCCGGGCACCGCGGCGCCGACCCCACGGCACAACGACACGUCCUACCGGCACAAGACCCGUCCUAGACCUGUCUGCUCGGUCUGGCUCGCCCUCGACGAAGUGCCGAGGGAGAGAGGCUCGCACACUUGGGGCCUGACGCACCGCAUCACAAACUUCUCCGGCUCGGACGAGGUGGACUCGCGCAACGUGUACCACGGCGCAGAAGGCUACCCGCCCGUGCCGGACAUCGACGCGGGCGUCGCCAGCGGCCAGUACGAGCUGCUCGGCUGGGACAUGGCGCCGGGCGACGCGUGGCUACGCGACGCGCUGGCGGGGUUCGACUGCGGCCUGGCGGCGGGAGAGCACAUUGGCUGCUCGCUGCACCCAGACGUGCUGCACCCCUCGGGCAAUCUCGAGUAA